UCCCUCCCUCCUAUAUAAACCCCGUGCUGCCCCUCCUGCUGCAGUCAGUUCUCCUCCGACCAGCCAACAUGAGCUACUCGGUAGAGCACCACUUCUUCGGCCCGACUUCGUACCGCAAGGCUCGGCCUGCCUCCGUGUCCUCCAGCGGGUUUCACUCCCAGCGCCGCCGCAUCACCUACAGCCAGCCGUCCUCCGCUGAGAGCUUGGAAACCUUCAAUGGCGACAUGACACGAAGGAACGAGAAAGAGAUUCUGCAGACUCUGAAUGACCGGUUCGCCGGCUACAUCGACAAGGUGCGGAACCUGGAGAUGCACAACCGCAACCUGGAGGCAGAAGCAGCAGCUCUGCGUCAGAGCCAGGCCGGGCGCGCCUCAGUUGGGGAGCACUACGAGCGAGAGCUGUGUGACCUGAGGGGUCUCCUGCAGCAGCUGACCGGUGAGAAGGCCCGCGCAGCUCUUGAGCACGAACACCUGGAGGAGGACAUCCAGCACCUGAGGGCCAGGCUGGAGGAUGAGGCGCGUAACCGGGAAGAGUUGGAGGCUGCAGCCCGCGCCAUGAAAAAGUAUGUUGAGGAGUGCCGGCUGGCUCGGCUUGAGCUGGACAAGAAGCUCCGUGCCUUGGAAGAGGAAGACGUUUUUCUCAAGAAGAACCACGAGGAAGAAGUGGCCGAGCUCCUCGCUCAGAUUCAGGGCGCACAGGUGAGCUUUGAUAUGCGGGACACGAUGAAGGCGGAUGUCACCGGCGCGCUGCGAGAGAUCCGCGCACAGCUGGACAGUCACGCAUCCAAGAGCUCAACGCACGCUGAGGAGUGGUUCAAAGUGCGUAUGGAGCGUCUGUCCGAUGCUGCUAGAUCAAACCAGGAUGCCAUUCGUGGAUCCCAGGAGGAGAUCGGAGAGUACCGCCGCCAGCUCCAGAGUCGCACCAUCGAGCUGGAGACUCUCCGAGGAACCAAGGAGUCACUGGAGAGGCAGCGUAUGGAGAGUGAAGACAGACACCAUGAUGACCUCAACUCACUACAGGAGACCAUCAAUCAGCUGGACAAUGAGCUGAAAACCACCAAAUGGGAGAUGGCCAGCCAGCUGAAAGACUACCAGGAGCUGCUGAAUGUGAAGAUGGCUCUCGAUAUCGAGAUUGCUGCUUAUAGGAAGUUGCUGGAGGGAGAGGAGAAUCGCUUUAUCUCAGGAGGAAGUCCGUACUCUUACCUGGAAAGCAGAUUUUCUGCCCCCUUCAAGGUGAAAGGAGAGGAGAUCUCGGAUAAAGUCAUCGUGGAGGAACAGACAGAUGAGACUCAGGUGACAGAGGUGACAGAGGAGGCAGAUGAGGAGGAAGAGGAGGAAAAAAAGGAAGAGGAGGAAGAAGAAGAGGCAGCCGAGGAAGAAAAGGAAAGUGAGGAAACCAAGGAAGAGGAGGAAGAAGGUAAGGAAGGAGAAGAGAAGGAGGAAGAAGGAGAGGCAGAAGAGGAGAAGGAGGAAGAAAAGGAAGAGGAGGCGAAGGAAGAGGAGGGUGAGGCCAAGGGAGAGGAAGAGGAGACAGCUGAGGAGGAAGAGAAGUCUAAAUCUCCAGAAAAGGCUGCAUCCCCUCCUUCAAAGUCCCCUCAGCCUAAAUCCCCUGCUGUCAAAUCACCAGAAUCUAAAUCACCGGAAUCUAAAUCACCAGCACCCAAAUCCCCGAUGCCCAAAUCACCUGCUAAAUCUCCUGCAGUCAAAUCUCCUGCAGGAGAUGAGUCAAAGUCACCUGUAUCAAAAUCCCCACCCAGCAAAUCCCCCGAAUCUAAAUCUCCUCCUCCCAAGAGCCCCGAGGCCAAGUCCCCAGAAAAGGAGAAGGCCAAGCCUCUCCCCACCAAAGACACCCCUAAAGAAGAGAAAAAAGAAGAGAAGCCUCAGCCUGUUAAGGAGGAAAAGAAGGAGAAAGAGCAACCCGUAAAGGAGGAGAAGAAGGAGGAGCCCAAGGAGAAAGAGCCAGAGAAGGCAGACAAAGCCGACACAAAGAAGGAGAGCAAAGCAGAAGAAGUGCCAAAGACAGAUGACACUUCAAAACCUGCUGCUGCUCCCAGCAAACCUGCUGAGGACAAGCCCGCUGAGGACAAACCUGCCCCCAAGCCUGAGCCUAAAGAGAGCGCUCCCCCUGCCAAGGAGGAGAAACCCGCUGCUCCUAAACCAGAGAAGGCCGAGCCUGAGGCAAAACCUGCCCCUAAAGCAGAGCCCGAGAAAACAGAGGCCAAGAAGGAGGAGAAGAAGCCAGAGGAGAAGCCUGCACCUAAAGCCGAACCUGAGAAAACAGAGGCCAAGAAAGAGGAGAAGAAGCCAGAGGAGAAAAAGGAGGCUAGUAAAGAAGACAGUAAAGCUGAGAAGGUGGAGAAAUCUUCUGGCACCGAGUCAAAGGAGAGCAAGGAGGAGAAAGCCAAGAAGUAAGACUGAUGAGCUGUGAUUCAGGGCACGAGGAGAUGAGGAGGUGGAGAUGCCAAAGAACUAUGAGAGUAAAGAGCAAAAGUGAAAGCAGACAGGCACUUUAAUGUCCAAAAGCAAAGCAGGUGAUGGUAUGUAAGCAAUAGUGAUUUCUGUAGCAAAUAAUCCCCUGCUCCCUAAGUAUGGCCAUUACACACCCACGAUGCUUCUGAUGUAUGACUGUAUGCAGAAUGCUCUAAACUCUUUAUCUGAAUGUGACAACUGCCCUUAAAUAAAUAUCAAGUGCAUUAAAACCGAAUCCCGCUGACGGGGACCGCAGGGACCUGCUGUCCCUACACAAGCCUUCAAGGGUAGAGAUGUCAAAACAAUGUCAAGCUAAAGAUUGUGACAGAUAUCACAUAUAAAAAUGUAUAUUUAAGCAGAUACAAAUGUCUAUUAUAUUUACAGAUAUAUGAGUAAGAAAGACUUGAAUUUUUGCUUGUUGUACCUUAAUGCAGCUUCCACUGACAGGUGAACUGCAUUGUCUCACUCUUCUGGUCUGCAACGCUAGGACAAUGAUGACUGUGCUAUGUAUAAACUGCUGAGAAUAUGCAAUAUGAAACAGAUAAAUAAAGACUGAAAAAAAUCAAAACACAA